GAGUUGCUGGAGUUGCCGUCCGAUUGCUUUGGAAAAGUGGUGCUUUGAAGACAAUCCACGCCCCAAGACGUAAUGUAAUCGACUGAAAGGUGGCCGAUAUUUUUGGACAAGAAUCCGUUCAACCUCGCUUCUGCUUCGAGUCGUUUGGGUGCACGGUGAAACUUCAAGGCCCGCUUUGUUAGCCUAGCCUAGUUUAGCAGCUAACAAAGAGAAUCAACGCGCCUGGGUUCAACACGUCGCCGAGCAAGCCAAUAUCAAGUCCCAAAAUGUCAGAUGUCAGUCAAGCGCAACGCCAGGAGUCUGCUCGCAUGGAGGAAGAGUCGCCAUACAUCAAGAAGGUGGAGGAAGAAUUUGUCCACAUUAAAGAGGAGCAGGAGGAGUACUUCAUUAGACUGCAGAACCCCCACAUUGAGGAGCAGCAGCAACCUCCUCCCCUCAAAAAGGAGGAGGAUCCGCAAUAUGUUAAAGUGGAGGUGGUGUACAUCCCCAAAUGGACUGGUGAGUCCUUCAAGGGUGAAGAUGGAGGUCCGAGUGAGGUCAGCAGAGGGACGGAGCCUCCGAAUGGCAGCAGCAGCAACAGUUCAAAAGAAAGAUCCCAAGCAGCCAACCUCAUCGCUCGACCUUCAGAGAGUGACGAUUUCACAUCACACUCCCUGUUCUGUUUCAGAAAAUAUCUUAGUGCUGAGCGCCAAGAGCCAGAAUCUCCUGGUGUUAAAGAGGAUGUUGAGCUCCCCCAAAUCAAAGAGGAGGAGGAGCCAGAGCCUUGUCAACAGAAGCAACUUUCAAUCAAAAAGGAGGAGGAAGAGCUGCCAUACGUUAAAGAGGAGGAGGAGCAUAUCACCAGGACGACUGGUGAGCCCUUGAAGAGUGAAGAUGUUCCGAGUGAGGCCGGCAGUGGGGCGGAGCCUCCAAGGGGCAGCAGCUCAACAGAAGGAUUGCAAGCAGACAUUUUCAUCGCGACAUCAGACACAAAUGGCACCACGUCACACUCACCUUACAAUGAUGAUGGUCAUAAGAAAUCUCACAGUGAUGACAAACUCUGCAAAUGCUCUCAGUGUGGAAAAACCUUUGCUACUAAGCAAAAUUGUAGUAGGCAUAUGAGGAUCCACACUGGUGAAAAGCCUUUUGUCUGCUCAGUUUGUGGUUAAAAAUGUGCUCAAAAACGAACCUUAAAACAACACGAAAGAACCCACACUGGCGAAAAAGCUUUUUCCUGCUCAGUUUGUGGUCAAGGAUUCUAUCAUAAGCAACAUUUAAAAAGACACAAAAGAAUCCUCACUGGUGAAAAACCUUUUUCCUGCUCAGUUUGUGGUAAAGGAUUCAGUCAUAAGAGUGUCUUAGAAGUACACACAAGAACCCACACUGGCGAAAAACCUUUUUCCUGCUCAGUUUGUGGUAAAAAAUUCACUCGAAAGGAAAGCUUGAAAAUACACACAACCACCCACACUGGCGAAAAACCUUUUUUCUGCUCAGUUUGUGGUCAAAGAUUCGCUGGGAAGCAACUUUUAAAACAACACACAGGAACGUACACUGGCAAAAAAACGUUUUACUGUUUAGUUUGUGGUCAAAGAUUCGCUCAGAAGAAACACUUAAAUCAACACACAAGAACCCACACUGCUGAAAAACCUUUUUCCUGCUCAGUUUGUGGAAAAACAUUAACUCAGAUGAGCACAUUAAACAACCACAUAAGAACACACACUGCUGAAAAACCUUUUUCCUGCUCAAUUUGCGGUCAAAGAUUGAGUCAAAAGAGCUCUUUAAAACGACACACAAGAACCCACACUGGCGAAAAACCUUUUACCUGCUCAGUUUGUGGUCAAAAAUUUACUCACGAGCAAACUUUACAAAGUCACGAAAAAACCCACACUGGUGAAAAACCUUUUUCCUGCUCAGUUUGUGAUGAAAAAUUCGCUCUAAAGCGAACUCUAAUUGAACACUUUAGAACCCACACUGGCGAAAAACCUUUUUCCUGCUCAGUUUGCGGUCAAAUAUUCAGUCGAAAGAUCUCUACAACAACACACAAGAACCCACACAGGUGAAAACCCUUUUUCCUGCUCAGUUUCUGGUCAAAAAUUAGCUCGGAAGCAACACUUAGAAUGACACAAAAGAAACCACACUGGUGAAAAACCUUUUUCCUGCUCAGUUUGUGGUCAAAGAUUCGCUCGGAAGGAUCAGAUGAAGAGACACGUGUGUGUUGGUGUGAGAAGCAGUGGCCAAUGACUGUUUUGCCUGGCAUCCAUUCUGGCUUCAUCAGAUUUUGUACACAGGUCAGGUUAGGGUUCGGAGUUACGUUCGUAUUCGUGGUAUUUUUGUGAUAGCAUUUUUGUUUGGACUUUGCCAUUUUGUUGUUUACCUUUUCUGGCCAAUGAAGACUUUCCCUUGUUUCUCUCGACGACUCGGUUCGUCCCUCUUUUUGUCUGUAUUUUUCCUCACGUGUUCUGGCGUGCUCCCUGGAGUACUGACAAAUGGGGAGCCCUGUCAAAUUGAUAGCCAAAGCCAGAGCCAUAUAGACCCUACUCACCUACGUCACAAAAUGACGUGUCGCUGUAUCCGGCCGCCAUAUUGUCCGUAUUUUUUAGACCUAUUCUCAUUGUUUUCAAUUAGUCGUGCAAGUUAUAGAGCAAUUCAUGGAAGCCCCGGUGUUAUCUGACACCGUAAACUCAUUGGAUGCGUUGCAUAAAAGGCGUUAUGUGGAAAAGCUUCAGUUUAUCCAUUCGCCAGAUCCAUAUUUGAUGCCUAAAUCGAUGUUUUUCGACCCGCUGUCUUCGCCGUCUUUGCCUGACCCUGAUAUUUACAACUAUCUUGUCCACACAAAAUCAGCCUAUUCUCACGAAAGUUUGAAAAACUUUAAGAGCUUGGAGGCUUAUAAAUGCUAUGUUGCUGGUUGGGUGAAACAGGUCCUCGUACACGAAAAUUCAGCAGGAAACUUGUGCUCGGGAAGGUGAGUUACGAAAUUUUCAAUUCAAAAUCUUUUGUUCUUGCUAACAUCCACUGUCAAGUCUAAUGUAUUUCAUGUCAUUUGUCAAUGGAGCUAGGGCUUUUAAUGUUUAUUUGGUUUAGCGAUAGCACUCUCACUACGUACAUACAUAAUAUGUAAUAAAUAUGAAGUGCGAUAGCACUACUCCAGAUUGUCCCUAGUUGAAUUUAUUUUUUGGCUUUUGACCUCAAUAGUGAAAUUGUAAAUUAGAGCUGAAACGAGUACUCAAGCAACUCGAGUAACUUGAGUUUAAAAACUGAUCCGAGUAAUUUUAUUCACCUCGAGUAAUCGUUUAUUUUGACAGCUCUAAGCAUCACGUUUUGCUCGGACUACUUUUAAUGCGGGACAACGCGCUGUCACGUGCGGAGAGGAAGAAGGGGAAAAAAAAAAAACUUACUGCAGCUGACAGCCGCCACAAACGACGCCGACGUUGCCAAAUACUAGCCCGCACGAUGCUACGUUGGUAACAGCUAGCGUCUGAUGCGUCUCAUAAAGAUCACAUGCAUGUUGAACUAGAUGCGCAAUGACAGACUCGGCCGUGUCUGGGCAGUGUUAUUAAACAGCCGCCAUCUUAAAGCACUACAGCGCUAAGCGCUAAUAAAGAGCGCUAAGCGCUAAUAAAUAAGAUUAACGUUACUGUCGCUACUAGCUCACGUAAAGUUAGCCCUGCGGAGGACUAGGUUUCAAUUAAUUAUGACCACUGUCGUUGCGUGGCUAACGCGUCUUACAUACAGGCUUUAAGAUAACAUAGCAUUGUGGAGUGAUGAGGGUGUAAAAUAAAAACUUAAUCAUGCUAACUAUCAAUUUUAGCUCAGGAGUCAUUGCUGGAAAAAGCACCAAGUAGCACUGGCCCCUAAUGUGCUCCAGUACAGCCUGUAUCAUACAUUUAUUUUGAACACUGCAAAAACUCAAAAUCCUAUCAGGACUUACAGUUUAGACUAACUUAAAACUUAACUAGAACUUAAAAAUGGCUUGACACAAAGAGAAAUUCAAUUGAAACACGUGGGAAAAAAUCCUAACUUUUAAGUGAUGUGUGUUAUCAAGCGUAACGGCAUUUUUAGGUAAUAUAUAUAUAUAUAUAUUUAAAAAAAAAAAAAAAAAAAAAACUAAAAGUUUUUUGAGUGAA